CGUGUCCAUACAGUCUAGCUUUGCUUUUCCCUUUUUCAUUUUUUAUCCAAGAUUUAUUGUUUGGGUCUGAUUCUUUGCUCACAGUUUAAAGCUGCAGAGGAAUCGGAGUGUACUAAAGAGUGUAGGGUGAGAUAGGAGCAUGCACGCUAUUUGCUGUUGGAAACGAAGAGAAGAGAGAGAACAGGGGCAAGAGGGCUUUGGUAAUGGUGCUUUUGCUUCAGAGAGAAGAAGGAAAGGAUGGGAUGAGAGUUUUCAUCGAAAGGUCAGUUUCUUUUCAAGAUAGAAACAAGUACUCUACUCUAUAAUACGCCCCAUCCGUGCUUCGGUCCGCGUGCGUUGAUGCAAAACCAUGGGUUUUGGUAUUGCCGAGCCCCACUCUAAGAUUUUCAGACCUCCUUUUGCAGGUUUUGAAUCCAAGACGUAGAAACAUGGACUCUUCUGGUUUACGUUGAAGUGGAGAGCGAUGGCUUUCGUCGAAGAUAAGAUUAAAACCGGGGGGUUAAUUGUGGGGGGUCAAUCUCUUGCUGCUGAGAUGAAGAUGUUGAAGGAAAUGCAUGAUCAAUCUGGGGUCCGAAAGAGUAUAAAUUCCGAGUUAUGGCAUGCUUGCGCUGGUCCACUCGUUAGCUUGCCCCAGGUGGGGAGUCUGGUGUUUUACUUCCCUCAGGGACACAGUGAACAGGUGGCAGCGUCCACUAGAAGAACAGCAACCUCACAGAUUCCAAACUAUCCGAAUCUUCAAUCUCAGUUGCUUUGCCAAGUUCAAAAUGUUACACUUCAUGCAGAUAAAGACACGGACGAAAUCUACGCUCAAAUGAGUCUCCAACCAUUGAAUUCUGAAAAAGAUGUCUUUCCUAUAUCUGAUUUUGGGAUGAAGCCUAGCAAACAUCCAAGUGAAUUUUUCUGCAAAACUUUGACCGCUAGUGAUACAAGCACGCACGGUGGUUUUUCUGUACCUCGCAGGGCUGCAGAAAAGCUCUUUCCCCCAUUGGAUUACACCAUUCAACCCCCGACACAAGAACUCGUUGUCCGAGACUUGCAUGAUAAUACCUGGACAUUCCGACAUAUAUACCGAGGUCAGCCGAAGAGACAUCUCCUAACAACAGGAUGGAGUUUAUUUGUUGGCUCAAAGAGGCUUAAAGCAGGCGACGCUGUUCUUUUUAUCAGGGACGAAAAAUCACAACUGCUAGUUGGUGUUAGGCGUGCAAAUCGUCAACAAUCAACAUUGCCGUCAUCUGUCCUUUCCGCUGAUAGCAUGCAUAUUGGUGUGCUAGCUGCUGCAGCUCAUGCUGCUGCUAAUCAGAGCCCAUUUACUGUUUUCUACAACCCAAGGGCAUGCCCGUCAGAAUUUGUUAUUCCGCUGGCUAAAUACAGAAAAGCUGUAUAUGGUACCCAGCUCUCAGUUGGCAUGAGAUUCGGUAUGAUGUUUGAGACAGAGGAAUCGGGUAAGCGCAGAUAUAUGGGCACUAUAGUUGGCAUCAGUGACUUGGAUCCUUUGAGGUGGCCUGGUUCUAAGUGGAGAAAUAUUCAGGUGGAGUGGGAUGAGCCUGGGUGUAGCGAUAAGCAGAAUAGAGUUAGUGCUUGGGAAAUUGAGACUCCUGAAAGUCUUUUUAUCUUUCCUUCUUUGACUUCGAGUCUGAAACGACCAUUUCAAUCUGGAUCUUUUGAAAAUGAGUGGGGGACUUUGUUGAGAAGGCCUUUUAUACAAGUUCCUGAAAAUGCAAACUUGGAGCUCCCAAACUCUUUGCAAAAUCUAUACAUGGAACACCUGAUGAAAGUUCUUUUCAAACCUCAACUGGUGAACAAUCCUGGAGCCUUUUCAUCAGUCAUGCAGCAAGAAUCUGCUGCCAAGAGUGAUCUCUCUCAAGAUUUGAAGAAUACGCUGGCGACAGAUAGUCAAAAAGCUCGUCUUGUAUGCUCAGGGAGCGCACCGCCAAAAAGUCUGGAUCCUUCUCUAUCUCUCCCUGACCAAUCUAAUGCCCUCAACUUGCAUUCCCUGUUGAGAAGUGAUCAACCUGGGAAAUUGCAUCCUCUGCCUAAAAUUGAGAAUGCUCAAUCUUCUGGUGCAGUUUCUGCAAAGACUAAAUUAGAAUCUGUGGACUUAACUAAUCAUAUUAUUGACUGUCCUUCAAUAGAAGGAUGCAAUAUGGAAAAAGUGGCGGCAAACCCUAUGAACCCACCGGGCCAUGCGAGUCAAAUGGCAUUGCUUAAUCAAAACCAGGGUCCAUGGCCCGUACAGCCACAGUUAGAAUCAACAAUAUCUCCUUCGCAACUUGUUGAUAUUCCUCAAUCUGAUUAUGCUCUUUUAAAUGGCCUGCUUCCUCAGGCAGAUGUUGAUGAAUGGAUGUUGUAUUCCUCCUGCCAAUCUUUUCCUGGAGUAAGCAGAUCAACUGGGCCUUUGCAAGAACAGUCUGCCCUUCUUCCCCAAGCAGUUAAUACCCCUUUACCCUCCAUGAGCCAAGAAAUGUGGGAUCAUUAUCUCAAGAAUUUGAAGUCGUUUUCUCAAGCUGACCAAUUAACACCCGUCCCUCAGCAAGGGUUGCCGAACUUUAAUAGUAUAUCUAAUUCAAACAAUCCGAGGGACCUAUCAGCUGAGAGCAAUAAUCAAAGCGGGGUGUGUAGUAGUGUCAAUGUUGAUGCUAGUAACGGUGCAAGUACUAUGGUUGAUCCUUCUACUUCGAGUACCAUUUUGGAUGAGUUUUGCGUGUUGAAGGAUGGGGAGUUCCAGAACCCAUCGGAUUGCAUGGUGGCCAACAUAAGUUCAAGCCAGGACGUCCAGUCGCAGAUAACCUCCGCAAGUCUGGCAGAGUCGCAUGCUUUUCCUCUGCAAGACAUACCUGACAACUCAGGCGGUGGUGUAUCCUCAAGCCACGUUGAUUUUGAUGAAAGCAGCUUUUUGCAAAAUAACUCCUGGCCGCAAGUUGCUGCACCCAUGCGAACCUACACCAAGGUUCAAAAGGCUGGGUCCGUGGGAAGAUCAUUAGAUGUUACCACUUUUAAGAACUACGAGGAACUGAUCUCCGCAAUUGAACGGAUGUUUGGACUUGAGGGUUUGCUGAACGACACCAAGGGUUCAGGAUGGAAAUUGGUUUAUGUAGAUUAUGAGAACGAUGUUCUGCUUGUUGGGGAUGAUCCCUGGGAGGAAUUCGUGGGAUGUGUCCGCUGCAUCAGGAUUUUAUCUCCCGUGGAAGUAAAACAGAUGAGCGAGGAGGGAAUGAUGCUUUUGAACAGUGCUGCUGUGCAACAUUUCAAUGGACCCGUGUCAGGUGGCUGUCCUUAGGACCACUAUGCCAAAUUUUGAAAAUUUGCAUCUGACUGACUUUGUCGUUCCUAGUCUCUCAGGUAGAGCCAUUUCUUCUGGGUGUAUUCUUGUAUUAGCUUCUCAUUUAUGAAGGUGACAAUGUCUUCAAGGUUAUUCAUAUGGUUUGUGUCGAUUGUUGUAUGAAGAAAUAUAUAUAUACUUUUUUGAAUCAAAAGCUCAAAUUCAUUCGCGACAAUGAAAAAAGAGCAGUAUGGUCUAUUAUGGAAAGGAUUAGACAAGAUUGGAUUUUGGUAUAACCUGAAGUUUGAUCUCUUAUGGAAAGAAUUGGGUUCGAUU